AUGCGACUGCAUUGCGGAUCGUUAAACUCCUUACUUCUGCUGUCUAUCUUUGCCGCUACUUUUGUCCCCUGCGUUUCUGCAGGUUUUGCAUUCUCAUGGAGCGAGCCCACGGAGUGUGACAACUUUACGGUUACAUGGCAGGGAGGGACGGGCCCAUAUCAGCUGCUUUUUGCACCUAAAUUCAAAGUCCCUCUGAACUUCAGUAUCCCUGACAGCGCAUACGACUCCAGGAUCGGGCAAGGGUCAUUUUCCCUAACACUAAAUGUGUCGACUCAAACCGUAUUUCUGCUCGUUAUGUCGGAUUCGACUGGCUUUGGAUCUGGUGGUGUGUCGAAUGCUCUAACUGUCGGCAAUUCCAAAGGAGGGCAAUGCGACACGACUGACGUAAAACCUGCAUUUACGUUUGAGACCCCCUUGAGUCUUCAACAAUGUCGGACCUAUCAAUUUUCGUAUUCGGGUGCAAUAUUGCCCGUAACCAUAUUUGGUCUUAUUCCUUCCGGGACUGCUUUCACCCUAUAUCCUCCAGCCAACGCCACGCUGUAUAACUGGACGGCGGAUGUUGCUGCUGGGACCGAUCUCAUGUUCAUUAUGAACGAUUCUCAAGGACGCCAAGGUGGCUCAACAGAUAUUCUCGGCGUUGGACUGUCAGACGCAAAGGGAUGCCUCGAUUCUUCUUCUCCCUCCUCCACCACACGAACUUCAAUGUACACACAAACUCAGCCGGGUGGAACAGGGACAUCUACAGCUUCCCCAGCCCCUGGAGGAUCAGGUCGAGGCUCCAGCACUGCCGCAAUUGGAGGUGGGGUCGCAGGUGGGAUCGUAGCUCUCACCGCAAUUGCUCUUCUCGUCUGGUGGCUCCGCCGUCGUGACCAAGCAGCAGUUAGACGAAGAAGUGGGACUUCUGGACUCAUGGAAGUAAGUAGUCGCAAACGUCGAGGCCCUGUCGACCUUCUUCCCGACAGCCGAGAUGCCCAAGCACAUUACCCCCUCAACGGGGUUGGAGUGGCGCACCACGAUGGCUCAUCGCCGAACGAUUAUGAGCCAGUCCCUUACGUUCUCCCUCCUCCACCCUCAGCUCGCUCUCGUGGGGACUCUGCAGAUGGGAGCGAUGGACCGUACGCUACGUACCGCUCAACUACCGGUGCUGGGGGCAGCACGUCAUAUUCAAAAGCAAGCGAAGCGGCACUCGAUCGCGUGGGCGGUUCUGCCACGACUAAUGGUGCUACCCGCUACAUCCUCCACACGGAUGCCGGGAGUAUCGCGGGUUCGGACGAAGGCGAAGAAGAGGAAGAGAUUGUGGAGCUGCCUCCACAAUAUGAUUCACUAGGACACAUUAUACCACAGCGACAGGUGUCAAGACGCACACGUCCGUCGCAACGUCGCCCUAAUACCGAGCGCGAAGAAGGCCCUUCAUCUUUAGAACCUUCAAACACGGCCCCUCCCACGGCUGAGCCUUUGCAGUCAGCAGGGGCUUGA